CCCCAUCACUUCCGGGCUGAUAACAAGGGCCAUACAUGCCCGCAGAUUUCCACUAAAAUCUCUUAGUUUGAUGUAUACAUUGGCACCAUUGCUUUGAUGUUUGGGCGUGACAUGAUGACACAAGCCAGCAAAUGAUUUUGGUGUAUUGACGAAAUUAUUCCAAGAGCCGCGAGAAUAGCGGGCGAGAAAGAGCACACCUGUAAUGCCGGGCUGAUGAUGGUGAUGCUAACGUCGAUAGCAUUUGAUAGGCGCUGUCUUGCGUCCCUCCACCUGUCUGGCAGUGUUAAACAGUGUCUGUUAGUCCGAGCAGAUCCACCAAAGGGACCACCAGUGCAUGAGAAGGAACACAACCAGUCUCCAAAAGAAGUAUCUGGGUGUGUCCCUCACCCUUCCUGCCCUGCCCACCUCAUCUGACUCCACCCCCUGACCCUUGAACCCUGACCUGCAAGAUGAAACUGAAAGAGGACAUGAACCCGCUGCUGCUGCAAGUCUUCCGCUCAGUGGUCUGGGUCUGCUCUUUCAUUACCUUCCUGCCAUGGUACUUCCUCUCGGGUGCCGACACCAACCUAGACCGGGCACGGCGGGUCAAGGCGCGGUCGGUGAGUGGGCGUCCAGCGGGCCCUUACCGGGCGACCAACCAAGCGGGCGGUAUCCAUCAGAAGCUGGUGUGGUCCUUGCACCUGGGGGUUGACACCCUGGACAAGGUGAUGGUGCACGGGGCGACCAGGUUCCCAGAGAGGGACUGCCUGGGCACCAGAGAGGUGUUGAACGAGGAGGACGAGCUCCAACCCAACGGGAAGGUCUUCAAGAAGGUUAUCCUAGGGGAGUAUCAGUGGAUGUCGUACGAGGAGACCUACCAGGCAGCAGUGUGUUUUGGCAGUGGUCUGGCUGCGCUGGGCCAGAGGCCUCAGUGUAACAUCGCCAUUUUCUGUGAGACCAGGGCUGAGUGGAUGAUAGCAGCACAGGCCUGCUUCAUAUACAACUUCCCAUUGGUGACGUUGUACUCUACUCUGGGCGGAGCGGCCAUCGCCCACGGUCUCAAUGAAACAGAGAUCACCCACAUCAUCACCAGCAAAGACCUGCUGCACAGCCGUCUCAAGGCGAUCCUGUUAGAGGUGCCUCGGCUGCAGCACAUUAUCGUGGUGGACAGUAAGCCAACCAGCUGGCCUGGCUUCCCCCGCGGCAUCAUGGUCCACAACUUGGUCGCUGUGCAGGAGCUGGGCUCUCGACCUGACAACAUGGCGGUGGCACGCCGGCAGCCCCUGCCCUCUGACAUCGCUGUCAUCAUGUACACCAGCGGCUCCACCGGCAUCCCCAAGGGUGUGAUGAUCUCCCAUAGCAACAUCAUUGCGGGCAUCACGGGCAUGGCAGAGCGCAUCCCAGACCUGGAUGAGACAGACACCUACAUUGGGUACCUACCGCUGGCUCAUGUUCUGGAGCUCAGUGCAGAGAUGGUGUGUAUCUCUCACGGCUGCCGCAUCGGAUACUCCUCCCCACAGACGCUAGCAGACCAGUCGACAAAGAUUAAGAAGGGCAGUAAAGGAGACACCAGUGUUCUGAAGCCUACACUCAUGGCUGCUGUACCUGAAAUCAUGGAUCGCAUCUAUAAGAAUGUGAUGACCAAGGUGGAGGAGAUGAGCAGUGUGCAGAGAACCCUGUUUGUGUUGGCCUACAACUAUAAGAUGGAACAGAUGACCAAGGGCUACAGCACCCCGCUCUGUGACAGUCUGGUGUUUAGGAAGGUGCGCUCGUUGUUAGGAGGUCACAUGCGGGUGCUGUUGUCGGGCGGCGCGCCCCUUUCUGCCGCCACACAGCGCUUCAUGAACAUCUGCCUCUGCUGUCCCGUGGGCCAGGGCUACGGCCUCACUGAGACCUGUGGAGCUGGCACCAUCAGUGAGAUGUGGGACUACAGCACAGGCCGGGUCGGAGCUCCUCUGGUCUGCUCUGAGAUCACCCUCAAGGACUGGGAAGAGGGCGGUUACUACAGCACAGACAAGCCCAACCCAAGAGGUGAGAUUGUGAUCGGCGGGCCCAAUGUGACCAUGGGUUACUACAAGAACGAGGUGAAGAACCGCGAGGACUUCUUCGUGGACAGCAACGGCCAGCGCUGGUUCUGUACAGGAGACAUCGGGGAGCUCCACCCUGACGGCUGCCUCAAGAUCAUCGACCGUAAGAAGGACCUGGUGAAGCUCCAGGCUGGGGAGUAUGUGUCUCUGGGGAAGGUGGAGGCCAUGCUGAAGAACUGCCCUUUCGUAGACAACAUCUGUGCUUACGCAAACAGUGACCAGUCAUAUGUGAUUGGCUUUGUGGUGCCCAAUCAAAAGCAGCUGACAGUGCUGGCGGAGCAGAGAGGGUUACGGGGCAGCUGGGAGGAGAUCUGUAACAACCCUGACAUGGAAAGAGACGUCCUCCGCAUCAUCACCGAGGCCGCCCUGUCAGCCAAACUUGAGCGCUUUGAGAUCCCUAAGAAGAUCCGUCUUAGUGCAGAGCCCUGGACCCCAGAGACUGGCCUGGUUACGGACGCAUUCAAACUCAAACGUAAGGAGCUCAAAUCACAUUACCAGGAUGACAUCGAAAGGAUGUACGGUGGCAAGUAACACACACACACAGAGGGAGAGAGGAGGAACGACCCAUUGUACUUCCUCAACCUCUUGACUUCCCUUCCGACUAGUUACAAUCAAACGGAAAAUAACUGUCAGUCAAUCCAGACCCCCAACAAAGACGGAGAGGCCAAGCCAGUUGGAGUGACAUCCGUUGCUUCUCUUCUUCAAAGGUUUUUCUGGGUCUGUGUGUUGCUAUGAUGACGAUGGCAUCGUUGACAUGACCCGGCGAAGACACAGGAAAUUACAAGUUUGUACAAAAGACUGCUUCGGGCACUAUGUCCCCCCCCCCCCCCGGCAUGUGUGUAGUCCAGACACCCGAUGGGAGACUGGUUUGUUGUUGUGUUACUGUGGCCUGAGUCGUGUUCGGAAGAAAACUGACAAACGGAACGACUACCUAAACUUGUCCAAUAAGAAACACUUGUUUUCCGUUGCAAAAUGUUUUGUUGCAGUAAACACCAAUGAAUAUGACCCUGAAAAAGGAGGCCCUUCGGUUUAAAUGUCCCAUAUCCAGGUUUGAGUCUAUGCAGGGAUCUCUUUUCUUGUAUAUGUUUUUUUUGGGGGGUGUAGUGAUAUUUGUUGUUCUGUUCAUGUUUCAUUACGGUUCUUUAACUUAUACAGUUUGUCUUCAUUCGCUUCCGAAGCCAUUCAAUGAACAUCCUGUGUCUGAGAGAAGUGUUUCAAAGCCAUGAAAGAUUUUUUUUAAAGCAACUUGCGUUCUUAAUUUGCUUUUCUUAUAUUUUUCUGAACGGUUUGUUUCUCUUUUAUAUUGUUUUUUUCUCCUGUUUCUAUUCUAUUUCUCUAUUGGUUCUAUUCUAUGGAAGAGUAUGUGUUUAGUGAUUUGACUAGAUGAAGUCCUGUCACUCUUUUUUUCUGUGUUAGUGAUGUCAUCUCCUUCUGGCUCUGUUCCUCUGGCUGGCUGAUGUGAUGUGCCUAGGUUGGCUCGUAGAACCUGUUUGUCAUAAAUAAUCAGUGUUGGGGAAACUACUCUGAAAAUAUAGUUUACCAAGUUACCAAUUACUUCAUACUGGAAGAAGUUAGGAUACACUAAAGCUACCCUUCAGAAAACUAUUUCAGUUAGGUAGAAUAUAGUUAACUGCAUAUCUAAAUCUGAAAUGUCAGUUACUACAAAUGGCAAGACGGAUCACUCUGGAGUCAGAUGUUAACUGAAUGUGUAAAUUUGCCUAUUAAAAACAAAAACUGUUUCAAGGGAUAAUUAGGCAGAUCUGAUGCUGAAAAAGAAAAUGAUUUUCUACUUCCAUCAUAAUUUAUUUUCACAAAAAAUGUAGUAUGUAGCCUAGUUUCAGUAGUUAGCUGCACCACUACAUGGCAAAAAAGUAAUCAACUACUGAAAACACUACCUCCAUUUGAAUUUAGUUCACCACUAAGCUACUGCAAAAUGCUGUUAAAUUACUAGUUAAACUACAUGUAGUUCACUUCUCCCAAACUCUGUGAAUAAUGUAGUCUGAUCCUCUGACUAUUAUUGGGAUGCAUGAGUUAACCAGAGCAAGAAGAACUGAUCUGGGACCAGGUUAGUAAUGAUGGUGAAGUGUCCAAGGUGGCUUCAGGGAAGUAGAAUGAAGUUGCCCCCAAAGCUAAGUUUUUCUUGUCUCCCCUGUGGUUGUGGUAAGGAUAAGCUGAUCCUUGAUCUGUGCCUAAGUGCAACUUGUCAUCAUGGGCUGUCAAUCCCACUGAGGCUCUUAUUUCUAUCACUUAACCAGCAGGGGCCAACAUAUACAUAUAUACAUAUAUACAUACAUACACACAUAUAUAUAUAUAUAUAUAUAUAUAUAUAUAUAUAUACAUAGUUGAAGUCGGAAGUUUACAUACACCUUAGCCAAAUACCUUUGAUUGUUUUUCACAAUUUCUGACAUUUAAUCCUAGUAAAAAUUUCCUGUCUUAGGUCAGUUAGGAUCACCACUUUAUUUUAAGAACGUGAAAUGUCAGAAUAAUAGUAGAGCGAAGGAUUGAUUGAUUUCAUCACAUUCCCAGUGGGUCAGAAGUUUACAUACACUCAAUUGGUAUUUGGUAACAUUGCCUUUUUAAAUUGCUUAUUUUGGGUCAAAUGUGUUGGGUAGCUUUCCACAAGCUUCCCACAAUACGUUGGGUGAAUUUUGGCCCUUCUGACAGAGAUGGUGUAACUGAGUCAGGUUUGUAGGCCUCCUUGCUCAUACACACUUUUCAGUUCUGCCCACAAACUUUCUAUAGGAUUGAGGUCAGGGCUUUGUGAUGGCCACUCCAAUACCUUGACUUUGUUGUCCUUAAGCCAUUUUGCCACAACUUUGGAAGUAUGCUUGGGGUCAUUGUCCAUUUGGAAGACCCAUUUGUGACCAAGCUUUAACUUCCUGACUGAUGUCUUGAGAUGUUGCUUCAAUAUAUCCACAUCAUUUUCCAGUGUAGUCAUUGUUAAUGUUGUAAAUGACUAUUGUAGCUGGAAACGGCAGAUUUUUUAAAUGGAAAAUCUACAGAGGCCAAUUAUCAUCAACCAUCACUCCUGUGUUGUAGCGGCACGUUGUUAGCUAAUCCAAGUUUAUAAUUUUAAAAGGCUAAUUGAUCAUUAGAAAACCCUUUUGCAAUUACGUUAGCACAGCUGAAACUGUUGUUCUGAUUUAAAGAAGCAAUAAAACUGGCCUUCUUUAGACUAGUUGAGUAUCUGGAGCAUCAGCAUUUGUGGGUUCGAUUACAGGCUCAAAAUGGCCAGAGACAAACUUUCUUCUGAAACUUGUCAGUCUAUUCUUGUUCUAAGAAACUGAAGAUCUUGUACAACGCGGUGUACUACUCCCUUCACAGAACAGUGCAAACUGGCCCUAACCAGAAUAGAAAGAGGAGUGGGAGGCCCCGGUGCACAAAUGAGCAAGACGACAAGUACAUUAGAAAGUCUAGUUUCACAAGUCCUCAACUGGCAACUUCAUUAAAUAGUACCCGCAAAACACCAGUCUCAACGUCAACAAUGAAGAGGCGACUCCGGGAUGCUGGCCUUCUAAGUGACCCCAAACUUUUGAACAGUAGUGUAUAUAUAAUAAUGUCCAAACGUACAGCUAGGGGUGUGUGUGGUUUGUGCGUGUGGCUGAUGUUUGGGUUUGUUUCUGUGUGUGUGUGUACUUACUGCCCUGAGCUUGUUCCAAGUUCCCCAUUUUUCUGAAGCCCACUGGAUGCCCACUCACAUGAUCUGUGUCAGUCUGUUACCUUUCAACGUUUUCUCCAGUAAAACAAUGGUACCUACCUACACUGUAUGCUGCUCAACCAGGUCUGUAGCUCCAUAAACCAUAUCACAUGAACUAUCUGGCUCCGUAAACCACAAAACCGUGUAAAACUGGCUCAAACCUACCAUGUUACUCCUGAAAAUGAUGUCCAAUGUAACUCAAGCAUGUCUCCAAGAGAACCAAUGAAUUGUUGUCCAGAUCUGUAGUUGUUUGGAAGACUGUGUGUCAUACACUGGCACUGUACUCCAUUGGACCCUUCUGAUAAUACAGUAAUACAUCCUCCUAUUUCUAUGUUACAGCUCUGUUACUAUGAUUGAUGAAAUAUAGAUUAAAUGUGCAAUACUUAUACGAAACACAAAUUCUAAAACUAAAUGAUGUACUGGAAAAAUGCAGAGAGAGAGAGCCCCUCCACAGUGUAUGAAUGUAUGGGUGCGGGCCUGUCUCUUUCCAGACAGACAGAAGGGCAGACAGUAAACAUUGUUAUACAAGUAGGAGCGUAGUCUCUAUGGAGUGAUAUUAGUGCCAACAGAAAUGUAAUCUGAAUUCAAUCAUUUUAAAUGUAAUCAAAUUUGUUGGCACUAUUAUGACUAAAUACCAAUUUUUCUGGAUUGUGAAAGUACUGUGCUGAUGACGAUACCCAAUUAUAUUGGGGACUCUGUCGUGAAGACUAAUAUUUUGGCCUUAAAUGUUGUGAAUGUAAAAGAAAAGAGACACUAAUCAGGUUUCCAUCCGAGCUUCUUAUGCGAGUAAAGUAGAUCAGAUAAAAAAUGUCACGACAGGCCUGAUGGAAACAGGAAAUUUGCAAAUGUUGACACAACUAAAUAGGCCUUGCGUGGGAACUUUUUGUGUCAAACUAAUUAUGGAGGUGGAAACGCUGUUAUGCGCAAAUAUUGAUAUAAUAACCAUGUCUAAGUAAACUUGGAGUCGUGCAAUGGAAUGUUGUGUGGUCCUCCCACUACGACUUGGAAAAGCAUGCAGUUUAUUAGGCUACAGAUGAAAUAAGUUAUAAUGAACUUCACAGGGUGGUGAAAGUGCACAGUGAUGAGCUUGAUACUCUUUUCUUAUUCUUGUGACUUGAUUAUCGAUGACUGGCUGCCAUUUGACAAAUAAAAAUAACCUCACUCUUUUGUCCCUAAUAAUCUCAUGUGUAGGCUCUACCCGCACUUUAUCUGCACGCUGUUGUUUAGAGCGCAAGUGCCAAGCCCAGUGUGCACAUUCACCAUAUAAUGCAACAUUUAUUGUGACAAAACCAUCAGUAGUUUAAAAUGUGAUGGAUUUUUAAAUAUUUUUUAUGUACACUAUGUCAUCACGCAUACAUCUGUACAUCUUUUUAUGCAGAUUUUAGAAUAUUUGCAUGAAAAUCUGUCACUAAUUGGAUACAACUUUUAGCUAAUGAUGAAGAAAAAGGUACUGCAGGUGAACAGUGAUUUGGGUUACAUGAUUCCGUGUGAAUAUAUUUACAUGAGUUUUAUCGAUAAGGCCAACUUUGAUUAGGUAUUUGUCAAGUUAUUUUGGAUACGCACUUCAAAGGUAUGUCAGACAUCCUUCCCCAAAAGAACCUUUCUAUGGAUUUGAUUUCAGGAAGAUCAAAAACAUCAUAAAUAUCUUUGGGUCAUAUGUAUAGGCUGCCUUAUUGUAUCUGUUGUCUGCAAAUGAAUUGCUGUGUUUGAUUUGUGCAAUGUACAGCCUAGAAGAGGAACAACUUGGGUAUUCAAUAUUUUGUCAACGGCUGUACAUUUUGAAAUGUAUUGACUUACAUUUCUUGUAUUUGGGAUUGCAGGCGAUUUAAAAAUAUUUAUUUUUAACAAGGGUCAAUAACACUAGUGGUUAUCCUUAGUCUCAACUGGAGUCUUCAGCUGUCCCAAUUAAACAUUUCAUCACUUGAUUUGUCAACAAUUCUGGGCAAAUAAUAUUGUGAAGUCCAAAGACAGUUUAGUCUGGUGAAUUUGAAUUAUUUAUACUCAUUAUCUGUGAACACAGCUCUGGUACACUCACAAAUCCACUGAUAGUAUGAACAAAGUCAAAGAAAGUCCCCUUCUCAGAGGUUUGAUAUCGCUUGGAAUAUAUCAGCAUUCAAACACUCCCCUGUUUUGAGUCUAAAAUACUGCUACUGUUUACAAAUGGGGAACCCAGAUGCAGGCUAGUUCCCUUCUUACAUUUCCUGAUAUUUCCUUCUCUGGACAUUUCAUUGGUUCAUUGUAUUCAACUCCCAACCAGUCGAUCCAAUCUGCUGCUCUGCUAUCCCAUACCAGCCUACAAUUGGUGGGUUGCCUUGUUACACGGGUCAGAAGAUUUCUACAUGGUUCAUAGGAAUAUACAAAGUGUUUUGUCCGAGUGUUUGUCUCUGAGGAUACACGUGUAUAUACAUAAUGUGUCCUAGUAGUGACGUCAUCCACACUACUUUGGCAUCCUUUGGCAUCCGGUACAUCAGUGUGGUGUACAGAUGAAUUUGACCACUCCUAUUGUUUCUCGUACUGUAAAUAUGUUGGGAGGGGAAGGGUUAAUAUGAUCAAAGCUUUUGAAAAUAUACCAGUUGUACAGGUGUAAUACCUCUGUUGUUGACCAGUUUUGGGGGUCUUUAUCAUUCUCCUUUUGUGUGGGUUACUGGCCUUUUCACAAGUGUCUCGUUCCUUAUUUAUUUGUAAUUUGGCCUUGUCAAGAAAAUACAAGUUUGUGAUUGGUAUAAAAAUGAUCAUAUUUGUAUGUGUUCCGUUUCAUUUAUAGUUAUGGGGAUUAUAUAGAUUCUUGUGGGUGUCUUUUUGAAUGAUUCUGUACAUGUAUGUAUAACACCUGUACAUUCCAUCACAGACAGUGACCCUCACAACGGUCCUAAGGUUAGGAGUAUUAAUGUAGCAGGUUAGGAGAAUUAGGUUAAGAAAAGGGUUAGGGUUAGCUAAAAUGCAAAAAAAAAUUCAACUUUUGAUGUAAAUUUGACAAGCUGGAUCCCUAUUAGCUAUGACCAGCUUGAGUAGAAUUGUCUUGAAGCUAGCGUUUCUAUGGCAACGAAGCCCAGAGGAAGUGUGUUUUUAAAAAUAUAUAUAAACUAGGGUACAGGGGAGGAAUUCCUACACCGGAUAUCUUGUUACACCUGUUAAGUCAUUGAUAAUCUGCCAUUUUUUUGUAAUUUCAUUAAGUUAUAAGCAGGGUCAUAGCUAUAUUCAAUAAAAUUCACAAGUUGAUUUAACCCUU